CCCGGGGGCGAGUGCCGCCCGCAGCCCGCGUCCCCACCCGCGGCCGCGCCGCCAGUCAGGCCCCUGGGCGAAGCGGGGAGCAACAUGAAGAGUGUUCACCGGAGUCCGUUGGAAGCAGGACUAACUGCAAAGCCUUAAAAAGAAGGAGCUCGGGAGGAGAAAGGAAGAGCCUCCCCCGGGCACGACUUGGCGUGCCCCGAGCCGAGGGGCUGCUUCAGGGACCUCGCCCCCUCCCUUCCCCGCCGGAGAAAUCGCCGCUGAUGCAUUAUCCGAGUGGUGGUUGGGAGGAUUUGCAGCAGAAUUUUUGGUUUUCCCUCCCCCUUAUGUGCAUUCUGGUUUUUUCCUCCCUUUCCUAUUUUCCUUCUUCCUGGGAAGUGACUCGCUGUUGCAGAUCGGACUUAAUUCGUUAAUGAUGCAACCGGAUUCGUUUCAGGAUUAUGUUGCACGAGUUGAAUUUUGAAUGAAGGAGAAGAGUUUUUUUUUUUUUUUUUAAAGUAUUGACUCUCUGGUUCGUUGUACUUUUAAUUAUUAUUUUAUUUAAAUAUACGAGUUAAUUGUAUUAUGCUUUUUAAAAUGUAUUAAAUAUAUAUUUUAUGGUAACUUUCCCGCAAAAUAUAUGUAUAUGUGCGAAAUUGAAGACGCUUCAGUUAAGUGAGGUUACUGGUGUGUUGGAUGUUUAAUUCAGCACCGGCACUGCGUGACAGUUGUUGGAAUAACAAGUGGUUUGUUUUUAAAACCGCACCUUUUAAGAUUUAGGUUCCCAUAGUCACAGUAAAAAUCGUAGUAAUUUGAAGGAAAACCAGCAGAAAUUGAAGCAAACAUGUCUGGAGAAGUGCGUUUGAGGCAGUUAGAGCAGUUUAUUUUGGACGGGCCCGCUCAGACCAAUGGGCAGUGCUUCAGUGUGGAAACGCUACUGGAUAUACUCAUCUGCCUGUAUGAUGAAUGCAAUAAUUCUCCGUUGAGAAGAGAGAAGAACAUUCUUGAAUACCUGGAAUGGGCUAAACCAUUUACUUCUAAAGUGAAACAGAUGCGAUUACAUAGAGAAGACUUUGAAAUAUUAAAGGUGAUUGGUCGAGGAGCUUUUGGAGAGGUUGCUGUAGUGAAACUGAAAAAUGCAGAUAAAGUAUUUGCAAUGAAAAUAUUGAAUAAAUGGGAAAUGCUGAAAAGAGCUGAGACAGCAUGUUUCCGUGAAGAAAGGGAUGUAUUAGUGAAUGGAGAUAAUAAAUGGAUUACAACUUUGCAUUAUGCUUUCCAGGAUGACAAUAACUUGUACCUGGUUAUGGAUUAUUAUGUUGGUGGGGAUUUGCUUACUCUGCUCAGCAAAUUUGAAGAUAGAUUGCCUGAAGAUAUGGCUCGAUUUUACUUGGCUGAGAUGGUGAUAGCAAUUGAUUCAGUUCAUCAACUGCAUUAUGUACACAGGGAUAUCAAACCUGACAAUAUAUUGAUGGAUAUGAAUGGACAUAUUCGGUUAGCAGAUUUUGGUUCUUGUCUGAAGCUGAUGGAAGAUGGAACGGUCCAGUCCUCCGUGGCUGUUGGAACUCCAGAUUAUAUCUCUCCUGAAAUCCUUCAAGCCAUGGAAGAUGGAAAAGGCAGAUAUGGACCUGAAUGUGACUGGUGGUCUUUGGGGGUCUGUAUGUAUGAAAUGCUUUAUGGAGAAACACCAUUUUAUGCAGAAUCUCUGGUGGAGACAUAUGGAAAAAUCAUGAAUCACAAAGAGAGGUUUCAGUUUCCAGCUCAAGUGACUGAUGUGUCUGAAAAUGCAAAGGAUCUUAUUCGAAGGCUCAUUUGUAGCAGAGAACAUCGACUUGGUCAAAAUGGAAUAGAAGACUUUAAGAAACACCCAUUUUUCAAUGGAAUUGACUGGGAUAAUAUUCAAAACUGUGAAGCACCGUAUAUUCCAGAAGUUAGUAGUCCAACAGAUACAUCAAAUUUUGAUGUGGAUGAUGAUUGUUUAAAGAAUUCUGAAACGAUGCCCCCACCAACACAUACUGCAUUUUCUGGCCACCAUCUGCCAUUUGUUGGUUUUACAUAUACUAGUAGCUGUGUUCUUUCUGAUCGGAGCUGUUUGAGAGUGACCGCUGGCCCCGCUUCACUGGAUGUUGACGUUCACGUUCAGAGGACUCUAGACAACAAUUUAGCAACCGAAGCUUAUGAAAGAAGAAUUAAGCGCCUCGAACAGGAGAAGCUUGAACUUAGUAGAAAACUUCAAGAGUCAACACAGACUGUCCAAGCUCUGCAGUAUUCAACUGCUGAUGGUCCACUAACAGCAAGCAAAGAUUUAGAAAUAAAAAACUUAAAAGAAGAAAUUGAAAAACUAAGGAAACAAGUAAGAGAAUCAAGUCACUUGGAACAGCAACUUGAAGAAGCUAAUUCUGUGAGGCGAGAACUAGAUGAUGCUUUUAGACAAAUCAAGGGUUAUGAAAAACAAAUCAAAACAUUACAACAGGAAAGGGAAGACUUAAAUAAGGAACUAGUCCAGGCUAGUGAGCGAUUAAAAAACCAAUCCAAAGAGCUGAAAGACGCACACUGUCAGAGGAAACUGGCCAUGCAGGAAUUCAUGGAGAUCAAUGAGCGGCUAACAGAAUUGCACACCCAAAAACAGAAACUUGCUCGCCAUGUCCGAGAUAAGGAAGAAGAGGUGGACCUGGUGAUGCAAAAAGUUGAAAGCUUAAGGCAAGAACUGCGCAGAACAGAAAGAGCCAAGAAAGAGCUGGAAGUUCAUACAGAAGCUGUAGCUGCUGAAGCAUCAAAAGACAGGAAAUUGCGUGAACAGAGCGAGCACUAUUCUAAGCAACUGGAAAAUGAAUUGGAGGGACUGAAGCAGAAACAAAUUAGUUACUCACCAGGAGUAUGCAGCAUAGAACAUCAGCAAGAGAUAACCAAAUUAAAGACUGAUUUGGAAAAGAAAAGUAUUUUUUAUGAAGAAGAAUUGUCUAAAAGAGAAGGAAUACAUGCAAAUGAAAUUAAAAAUCUGAAGAAAGAAUUGCAUGAUUCAGAAGGCCAGCAACUUGCUCUCAACAAAGAAAUUAUGAUUUUGAAAGACAAAUUGGAAAAAAACAGGAGAGAGAGUCAAAGUGAAAGAGAAGAAUUUGAAAAUGAGUUCAAACAACAGUAUGAACGAGAGAAAGUGUUAUUAACUGAAGAAAAUAAAAAACUGACAAGUGAACUUGACAAGCUUACCACUUUGUAUGAGAACUUAAGUAUGCGCAACCAGCAGUUAGAGGGAGAGGUGAAAGAUCUAGCAGACAAGAAAGAAUCCGUGGCACACUGGGAAGCCCAAAUCACAGAAAUCAUUCAGUGGGUCAGUGAUGAAAAGGAUGCACGAGGAUAUCUUCAGGCCUUAGCUUCUAAAAUGACUGAAGAAUUGGAAGCGUUAAGAAAUUCCAGCUUGGGUACACGAGCAACAGAUAUGCCCUGGAAGAUGCGUCGUUUUGCAAAACUGGAUAUGUCGGCUAGACUGGAGUUGCAGUCAGCUCUGGAUGCAGAAAUAAGAGCCAAACAGGCCAUCCAAGAAGAGCUGAAUAAAGUUAAAGCAUCUAACAUCAUCACAGAAUGUAAACUAAAAGAUUCAGAGAAGAAGAACUUGGAACUACUAUCAGAAAUCGAACAACUGAUAAAGGACACUGAAGAGCUUAGAUCUGAAAAGGGUAUAGAGCACCAAGACUCACAGCAUUCUUUCUUGGCAUUUUUGAAUACGCCUACCGAUGCUCUGGAUCAAUUUGAAGAUUCCUUUUCUUCUUCCUCAUCUUCACUGAUUGAUUUUUUGGAUGACCGCUCUCCAUCCUGUACUCCAGCUAGCAAAGGCAGACGUACUGUAGACUCUGCUCCACUUGCAGCUCACACACCAACCUUAAGGAAGAAGGGAUGUCCUGGGUCAGCUGGCCUUCCACCUAAGCGCAAGACUCAUCAGUUUUUUGUCAAAUCUUUUACUACUCCUACCAAGUGUCAUCAAUGUACCUCUCUGAUGGUGGGUUUGAUAAGACAGGGCUGUUCCUGUGAAGUGUGUGGAUUCUCAUGUCAUAUAACUUGUGUAAACAAAGCCCCGACCACGUGCCCAGUUCCUCCUGAACAGACAAAAGGUCCCCUGGGUAUAGAUCCACAGAAAGGAAUAGGAACAGCAUAUGAAGGUCACGUCAGGAUUCCUAAGCCAGCUGGAGUGAAGAAAGGAUGGCAAAGAGCAUUGGCUGUAGUUUGUGACUUCAAGCUCUUUCUGUACGACAUUGCUGAAGGAAAAGCAUCUCAGCCCAGUGUUGUAGUCAGUCAAGUGAUUGACAUGAGGGAUGAAGAAUUUUCUGUGAGUUCAGUGUUGGCUUCUGAUGUUAUUCAUGCAAGUCGAAAAGAUAUACCUUGUAUAUUUAGAGUCACAGCUUCCCAGCUCUCAGCAUCUAACACAUGUUCGAUCCUGAUGCUGGCAGAUAGUGAGAAUGAGAAGAGUAAGUGGGUGGGAGUGCUGAGUGAAUUGCACAAGAUUUUGAAGAAAAACAAAUUCAGAGACCGCUCAGUCUAUGUUCCCAAAGAGGCUUACGACAGCACUCUGCCCCUCAUUAAAACAACCCAGGCAGCUGCAAUCAUAGAUCAUGAGAGGAUAGCUUUGGGAAAUGAAGAAGGGUUAUUUGUCGUACAUGUCACUAAAGAUGAAAUUAUUAGAGUUGGUGACAAUAAGAAGAUUCAUCAGAUUGAACUCAUUCCAAAUGAUCAGCUUGUAGCUGUGAUCUCAGGACGAAAUCGUCACGUACGACUUUUUCCUAUGUCAGCUUUGGACGGGCGAGAGACUGAUUUUUAUAAGCUGGCAGAAACUAAAGGGUGUCAAACCAUAACUUCUGGAAAAGUGCGCCAUGGAGCUCUUACGUGCCUGUGUGUGGCUAUGAAAAGGCAGGUCCUCUGUUAUGAACUAUUUCAGAGCAAGACCCGUCACAGAAAAUUUAAGGACAUUCAAGUCCCAUAUAAUGUCCAGUGGAUGGCAAUCUUCAGUGAACAACUCUGUGUGGGAUUCCAGUCAGGAUUUCUAAGAUACCCCUUGAAUGGAGAAGGAAGUCCAUACAGUAUGCUCCAUUCAAAUGACCAUACACUAUCAUUUAUUGCACAUCAACCCAUGGAUGCCAUCUGUGCAGUUGAGAUCUCCAGUAAAGAAUACCUGCUGUGUUUUAACAGCAUUGGGAUAUACACUGACUGCCAGGGCCGAAGAUCUAGACAACAGGAGUUGAUGUGGCCAGCAAAUCCUUCCUCUUGUUGUUACAAUGCACCAUAUCUCUCAGUGUAUAGUGAGAAUGCGGUCGAUAUCUUUGAUGUGAACUCCAUGGAAUGGAUUCAGACUCUCCCCCUCAAAAAGGUCCGACCCUUAAACAGUGAAGGAUCGUUAAAUCUUUUAGGGUUGGAGACAAUUAGAUUAAUAUAUUUUAAAAAUAAGAUGGCAGAAGGGGAUGAACUAGUAGUUCCUGAAACGUCAGAUAAUAGUCGGAAACAAAUGGUGAGAAAUAUUAACAACAAGCGGCGUUACUCCUUCAGAGUCCCAGAAGAGGAGAGGAUGCAACAGCGGAGAGAGAUGCUACGAGAUCCAGAAAUGAGAAAUAAAUUAAUUUCUAACCCAACUAAUUUUAACCACAUAGCACACAUGGGUCCAGGAGAUGGAAUACAGAUCCUAAAAGAUCUGCCCAUGCCAGGUUUCCCUUAUCCAUCCCCUCAUCAUCACUCCGGUCUGAUCUCCUCUCCGAUCAACUUUGAGCACAUCUAUCACAUGACUGUUAAUUCUGCUGAAAAAUUUCUCUGUCCUGAUUCCAUAAACCCUGAAUCCUCCCCGUCUCUGCGCUCUGCCCCCGGUACACCAAGCUUUAUGACUCUGAGGAACCCUCGGCCUCAGGAAAGUCGGACAGUAUUCAGUGGCUCAGUCAGCAUUCCAUCCAUCACCAAGUCCCGCCCUGAACCCGGUCGCUCCAUGAGCGCCAGCAGUGGCCUGUCAGCAAGGUCAUCUGCACAGAAUGGCAGUGCAUUAAAGAGAGAAUUCUCUGGGGGAAGCUACAGUGCAAAGCGGCAGCCCAUGCCCUCCCCAUCAGAGGGCUCGCUGUCUUCCGGAGGCAUGGACCAAGGAAGUGAUGCCCCGGCGAGGGACUUUGACGGAGAGGACUCCGAUUCUCCGAGGCAUUCCACAGCUUCCAACAGUUCCAACCUGAGCAGCCCUCCCAGCCCAGUGUCGCCCCGAAAGACCAAGAGCCUCUCGCUGGAGAGCACCGACCGUGGGAGCUGGGAGCCGUGA